UUGGUGCGGUUAUGCAGUUCAACUCAGCGGCAGAUACGGUAUUAGCGAAGGGCGUGACUUGCAGCCGGACGGCGACGAGAAGCAACGCGUUGACAGCACCGAUCCUGAUCGUGAGAUGUUGAGCAAUGAUGGUUAUGGCACUCCUUGCAGCUCACCGGUGAAGACGCGCAAAUUGGAUCGUAUGCCAGAGAUUACGGGCAUUGAUGACGAUGAAGACGACGACAACGACGAUUACUACUCUCUAGAUGACGACAGUGUGUCUGACGUCUCUGAGGCUUCCGACGUGGAUGCAACACAGACUUUUGUGGACCAGGAGAAGCAAGAGAUGGAACGCCGGCGUGUACUGGAAGCUGCCGGAGUUAUCGUCAGUAACCUCAAAGACCACAAUCGUUCGAUGAGCCAUCCGCGGCAUGCCAAUAGGCAUGGAGUAGGUGUCGAUGGCGCGACGGGACUAGGGGGUUCAGAGGGUGAGAGGGGCUUCUCGAUAGGGGCUGCCUUCCAACGGAAACGACAUGAAUCUCUACCUCCUGCACAUGAACCUCUGUCUUGUGCGAGGCAUAAGGAGCUUCCUCCGGUCCCCAUGAUGGAAUUCUCAGAGGAUCCGGAUGCAACCAGUCGCACAGGUAUUAACGCCAGGCUCUCACCUAUGUGUGAAAUACUCAGUACGUCCGUUCAACCCACACACCUCAAGACGACCUCGGACUCGAGUAGUACAUCGCGCGUCGACGAUGCAUUCGAGCGUUACGAAACGUAUAAGAAGCUGCAUGGCGGACAAUCAUUAGCCACUAACCGGUUGUCAGCUUCCUCGUUCGACACAGCCUCUUCGCUUCGCAUUUUCAUCACCUCCUCGUUCACCUGCAGUGUCUCUGUCGCCUUCGCUGCGAGAUCGAGAACAAGAACGAGGUGGAGAGAGUCGUACGUCUUAUUUGCUGAGUUUUCUUGGACGUCACACGCGUUCUACUACGCCGGACAUCGAUCGCGAGCGCAAGAUUCCAAUUAUAUCUGGCCCCAUUCACACCUCGGCAUCUAAUUCAGUAGAACCACAUAACUCCACGACACGCGAUAACAGCCCAGCAUUUGGGACGUCAUGGGCAAGCCUCGUCGACCGGACUGCGCUCGAAGAAAUACCAGCUGUGGAAAGGAAACGACAGGAAGCAAUAUUCGAACUUAUCUCGACGGAAGCGGACUAUGUGAGAGAUCUCCAACUCAU